AUGCCUCCUUGCGACGUCUUCGAAGACUCCGUGGACGGUAUUGGGACUAUUCGCUCAAGCGACAGCCAGGAUGAUUCUGCACACUUCGGGGCAUCGUCCAACAUCGCUUUCCUGCUCCGCAUCACCCAGGCUCUGGCCAAUUCGGCUGGUUGCGGUAACUCAAGAGAUCUGCUAAAACCUUAUCAUCGUUGUCCGUCUUCUGCUACGUCUUCGAACGUUCCUGGGCCUGAACCGGGCCUUUCCGGCGCCCUAUCCUGGCCGAAAUCUUGCCAAGCUACUAUCCUUGAUAUUCCACCGGAUGCCAUGGACAUAAUACAGGAGUACUUUGCAACCGUGGCGCUGUUCAUGCCCUUCUUGCAUGAAGAAUCAUUCAUUGCUGUUUUCGAGCGAGGGCGUACGCAAUGUUUCAGGAACGUUCGAAAAUCAUGGCUGUCCUUGCUUUACAUGAUUUUGGCCCACGUCUACCUAACUCAGACAGCAAUGUCCCCUAGCACAGAGUCAGCUGAACGUUCCGAAAACUUCUUCCAAAAUGCCUUGGCUUUGGCGGUGCCGGAAGUCAUCUUGGGCCCGACUAGCCUGGAACAUGUCCAACUCUUCUGUUCGAUUUGUGCGUACCUGCAAGGCUCAUCGCACUCUUCGCGUGUAUGGACAUUCCACGGCCUGGCUGUUAAGUCCGCCCUGCAGCUCGAUCUGUGCUCCACUGAGUCUUGCUCUCAUCUAACGCCUUUGGACCAAGAGAUGCGGAGACGAACUUGGUAUAUGUGUCUCAUAAACGAUGCGAUAUUUAGUGUCAAGUUUGGUCGACCACCCUUAGUGGCAGAGUCCUUGUGGAAGGCGAGCACCCCAAGCAAGAUCACCGAUUUACCUCCGUCCGUUGCCAGGAGCCCCUCGGUGAUGGCUACGAGCCUGUCCUAUUACCGGGCUAUGUUAUCACUGUCAUUCAUCAUACGCGACAUCACGAAGAGACUAUACUAUGAUAAUGUCGGAUCCCCUCCACCCCUAAGCUGCGCUGAGACGUUGACGGAAACCUUUAAUCUCUCAUACAAACUUUCCGAGUGGCAUGGGAAUGUGCCUCGAGCUCUGCGUCCCGGCGAAGGACUUGAGAAGCAGUACACUAGACACCAGCCUCUCGAGACACGCAGACUCCAAGUGGCCCUGUCCUUUCGAUACUCUGGUGCCUGUAUCCUUCUUCAUCGCCCAAUAUUACAGAAGCUUUGGGAUUUCAAUAGUGAUUCAACCAGCCUGGAGCUGACUCUGCUCAAAGGGACAGGCUUUCUUUCUUUGAGAAGCUGUAUGGAUACUUGUAGAGACGCAAUUCAAGUGGGAACAAGCAUCGUCAAAGAGAUCAAUAGGCAAACGAAUUUACUGGGAGCAUGGUGGUUCACGACCUAUUACACUUUCAAUGCCUCCCUCAUGAUCUUGGGCGUCCUCCUGGCCUCAAUGGAACCGUCCUUCAAUGAAUUGCUCUCGCUCAAAGCCACCACGUCUCUCCAUUCUAGUCUGAAUGACGCUGUUACACUAUUGGCUCAACUUGACGGAGGCAGUCCAAUGAUCAAACAGUGUCGCGAAUGUCUACAACGCUUGCUUAAAAUAUACUACUCAAUCGCCCAAGCAUCCAUUACUGAAGACGGCAGUAACAAGAGAGAGCAAAUUGAAGUCGACCAAUUAACGUCGAGCUGUACCUCUAGCGGAGACAUCGAUCUGAGCUGGCUACCUCCGAAGGAUUCCGGCUCUUUCACUCUAGGCCAUGGGCCGGGUGUUACAGACACAGACCUCAAUCUGUUUGAAGGCCUCUUCAGCUCCAACUUUGAGUUCCUGUACGGAUAA